GAGUCGAGGAGGGCGGCGUGAAAGAGAGCGAGAAGUUUCCUUCCUUCCCUUCCCGCCUCACAGUCGCCGGCUGCCCUCCCUGCAAGAUGGCACCUUUCCAAGCGUGUGCAGCCUGCGUGCAAGGCUCCUCGCCGCGCCGCGUCUGAAGCCAACGUACGAGUCGUCGCACCAUGGCGGAAUUUGGACCGAGCAAGUGCGCGGGUGCACCGGUCGCCGCCGCGGGGAGCCCGGCGACGCGCCGGGGAGGAGAGCCGCUGUCUAACGGGAGCUGCACCCAGCCGGACCCGGCCAGGAGGGCGCAGAGAGGCUCCAGCUCCGAGUCCCCUGCCAGGGAGGGCCCGAUACCGCGACGCAGCAGUCUCAUCAAGUUUGUCGUCGGGGCGAAAUCCCGGAUUCAUACCCCUGUCACACUUUUACCUCUGCGGACUUCAUGCCAUGUCCAAGAUGGCUCCCGGGUGGGUCGCGAGAGGAAGAAGACGGUGUCCUUCAGCAGCAGCCUAUCAGAGAAGAAGAUCAGCGGCGCGGCCGACUGUAUCCACUCCAUGGUGGAAGGGAGCGAGUUGAAGAAGGUGCGGCCCAACUCCCGCGUGUACCAGCGCUACUACCUCCUGGACGCCGGCCUGCAGGCUCUGUGCUGGGAGCCGUCCAAGAAGGAGUCGGACAAAGCCAGGAUCGCGCUCGCCGCCAUCCGAGAGGUCCGCACCGGCCGUAACACGCACACCUUCCGCGCCAGCGGCCUUUAUGAGCAGAUUUCUGAGGACUGCGCUUUCUCCAUCAUAUACGGCGAGCUGUACGACAGCUUGGACCUGGUGGCCCUCUCCACGGAAGUGGCCAGUAUUUGGGUGACGGGUCUAAGGUACCUGCUGCAGUACGGCAAACAUGCCCUGGACAUGCUGGCCAGCAAGCAGCACAGCCUGCGCCUCGGGUGGCUGGAGCAGCUUUUCUGCUCUGCAGGGGACAGCCAGUUGGGCAUUGGCCUGCAGUCUGCCAUAAAACUGGUCCAGACGGUGAAUCCCGGGGUGAGCCGCAGCAAAGUGGAGCACAGGUUCCAAGAGCUUCAGAGAGGUCGCGCCGAGAGGACGGUUUCUCUCGCUACGGAACUGGGAGCUCAGGACUGGAGCGAGGAGGGUAAAGCUCCACUGGGGGGAGGCCAGAGGGUCACCAAAGCGGAGUUCGUGGAGGUCUUCCAUGACUUUUGCACACGUCCGGAGAUUUACUUUCUUUUAGUGCAGUUCUCCAGCAACAAGGAGUUCCUGGACACCAAAGACUUGACGAGGUUCCUGGAGGCUGAGCAAGGUGUUGCUCAGGUGACGGAAGAAGACAGUCUGAGGCUGAUCCGGUCCCACGAGCCAUCAGAAGAGGGCCGACUGCUGGGCUACUUGUCGAUGGACGGCUUCAGCAGCUACCUGACGUCGGCGGAGUGCCACCUCUUUGACCGGGAGCACCACUCGGUGUGCCAGGACAUGUCCCAGCCUUUGUCUCACUACUUCAUCAACUCCUCUCACAACACCUACCUCAUCCAGGACCAGUACCAGGGACCCUCAGACAUUUCCGGCUACAUCCGGGCGCUCAAGAUGGGCUGCCGGUGCGUCGAGGUGGACGUAUGGGACGGCCCCGACGAGGAGCCAGUGGUGUGCACCGGACACACCCUCUGUCCGCCUCUUUCCCUGCGCAAUGUGUUGGAGGCGGUCGGACGCUUUGCGUUUGUGGCGUCCGAGUACCCCUUGAUUGUGUGCAUUGAGAACCACUGUUCACUCCGACAGCAGAAGGCCAUGGUGCAGCAUCUGGUGAGAAUACUGGGAGAGAGGCUCCUCCCACACCCUCCAGACCAGAGGGAGCCAUACCUUCCGUCGCCACAAGCCUUAAGGCAUCGGAUCCUCUUGAAGGGGAAGAAGUUGGGGCCGGGCUGGGAGGCGGAGGACGGGGAAGUCAGUGAGGAGGACGAAGGGGCCGAGAUGUGUGAAAGGAUGAAGGCAGCGAGUAACGGAGAGGCAAAGACCCCGAGAACUCCCACAGCCGCCACUCCAUGCAAUCCUCCUCAUCUUCCUCACAAACGCAUCCGACUGUUAAAGGAGCUCUCAGACCUUGUGACUCUGUGCCAGGCGGUCCACUUCAUAGACUUCCCCACAUCCACCAAAAUCCAAAAACCUUGGGAAUUGUGCUCCUUCCAGGAGAAACAUGCCGAGUGUCUCGCUGGCGAGAGCCCCGGCAACUUCGUGGACCACAACAAACGCUUCCUGACCCGAGUGUACCCCAGCCCCAAGCGCAUGGACUCCAGCAACAUGAACCCUCAGGACCUGUGGAAGUAUGGCUGUCAGAUGGUGUCGAUGAAUUUCCAGUCAGCUGGACUAAUGAUGGACCUGAACACAGCCUGGUUCCGCCAGAACGGUAACUGCGGUUACGUUCUGCGGCCCGCCAUCAUGCGACAGGAGGUGUCCUAUUUCUGUGCAGACUCCAGAGACACAGUGCCCGGGGUGUCCCCGCAGCUGCUCCACGUGAAGGUCAUCAGCGGACAGAACCUCCCCAAGCCCAGGGGUUCUGGCACCAAAGGAGAUGUGGUAGAUCCCUAUGUGUACGUGGAGAUCCAUGGCAUCCCUGCGGACUGCACGGCGCGCCGCACAAGGACCGUCUCACAAAGCUGGGACAACCCAGUCUUCGACGAGAGCUUCGAGUUCCAGAUCAACCUGCCGGAGCUCGCUAUGGUUCGCUUCGUGGUGCUGGAUGACGACUUUAUAGGAGACGAGUUCAUAGGUCAGUACACCAUCCCUCUGGAGUGUCUCCUACCCGGGUACCGCCAAGUCCCGUUACAGUGUCUCACCGGGGAGGAUCUUCCCCACGCCAAACUCUUCGUCCACGUGGCUCUGACCAACCGCAGAGGAGGGGGGAAGCCUCACAAAAGGGGUCUGUCUGUCCGGAAAGCCCGGAAGGGGCGGGACUACACGGCUCUGAGAGACCUGGAAAUUCGGUCGGUUGAUGACCUUUUCAAGAUGGCCACUCCCUUGCUGAGAGAAGCCACAGACUUGAGGGAAAACCUGCAGAACUCGGUGGCGCUGUUCAGGGAACUGUGCGGGGUCUCGGCCGUGUCAAACCUCAUGCAGUGCGUACUGGCGCUGGCCUCCAGAGUGACAGGACCCGACGGGACGCCUUUGCUGCUCUUUGAUCUUCACCAGCCCUAUCCCAGCCUGGAGCCCCAGGGGCCCCUGCCUGAUGUCCUGCGCCGGGUCGUCUCCACCUACCAAUCGAUGGUUCAAGCCAGCAGAGUGGUGUUGGAGCUCUCAGACAGUCUCUAUGAGAGGAUUCUGCACAUCCAGAUGAUGGCCAUGACCUUCCAUGAGAAGCUGCCGAGUCUGGCGGCCAAGGAGGGGUUAAAAGGUCGCAAGGCGGGUCGAGCGGUGGAGAGCUUCAGCUGGAACAUCACCAUUCUGAAGGGCCAAGCUGAUCUUCUCAGUCACGCCAAGGCUGAAGUUCAGGACAACAUGAAGCAGAUCUGCGAUGCCGCGCUCGCCGGGAACCUCACUCGGGACGUUGCGAGAGAAUGUUGGCGACAAAGCCAGCGCCGCCACGAGGGCGGGACCAGCGAUGGCGGCAAGUGAGCCAAUCAGAGGUCUACUUGUACACGCAGCAGCAGGUGUUGUUGGGUAGCUCGCAGGCCGAGGAACAAAGUGUUUCAUAUUGUUGUCUCGGUCACAUGACUGUACAGUAUUUUAAUAUUGUCUUUUUGCGGCAAAACAUUAUUUAAAUAAAAUCUAAGUGUUUUUAAGAAGAGACGCUGAUGUGAAUUUAGGUUGUGAUUGCGAUGGGAGCUCGUUUGGACCAAUUAGGCUGAUGACGGUCAGGAGUGUCUACAUUUGAAUACUUUGAACCCCAAGGAGGUCGGUAGGAACUCAAGUGGUUGGUGAAAUGAAGCAACAUCUAGCAGUAUAUCUCAUAACAAAGCAUGUUCAUGGAACUCUAUGCAAAGAGGAAAUAAUAAAUAAUCACCUGCCACACUUUGGACGCACCUGACACAGGACGCCUGUCUGAGAAAUGCAAUCGACAAAAUAUGCUGCUUUUAUUUCAUUACUGGUACACUUUUUUUCUCCAUUUUGGGGUAUUUAGAUUUGUAUGAUUUGUUUCCUAAUUAAAAAUGUUAAGCUACUGAAUCUGGAACUAUUAUUCAUUACUUUGUUUAUUAUUGUAUUGAUAAGACUAUUUGAUAUUUGUGUACAAAUGUCUCAAAUGUACGCCACAAACUUAUUGUAUCUAAUUACAGGUUUGCUAAAUU